AUGGGGCCGGCCCAAAUCGUCGACUCGGACACGGGCACCGCCUCCGACUCGGCCACGACACACGAGUCCACGAACGACUUAUCAAACCGCCAGACGGCCCCGACUCAGGUCUCAAACACCACGCGCUUCCAGCUUCCUCCACCAAAAACUCGCAUUUUUCCUGGAUCGCUCGCCGCCGCCGCCGCGAUGGAAAAGGAGAAGAAGCUCUCGUUCUCCAUCUCCUCCUCGAAGCAGCGGCCGCCCAAGCCUCCCGCACGCCCUGCGGCCGCCGCGUACGACGAUGACGCUGACCUCCGUUCCGCGCCCGCUCCGGCCCAGCAGUAUGUUACAGAGUUCGAUCCGUCCCAAACCCUAGCUGCCUCCGCCGCGGCGCGCGCCGUCAUCGCGCCGCUCCCCAACUCCGGCAACUUCCUCACCCACCGCCCCCGCAAACCGUCCUCGCUCCCCACCCCUGAGGAGGAGGCCGCCCUCGCCGCGGAAUCCGGUGGCGGGGGCCCCGCCUUCGUCCUCGACACCUCGACCGCCCCCGACGACCCGUCAUCGAAAAUCGGCUACGGCCUCACUCGCCGCAACGGCCCCACCGACGCUGCUGCUGCUGCUGCCAAGGAAUCGGAGAAGGCGCCACCACCGCCACCGCCUUCGGGCACUGCUGAUGCUGCCGCCGCCGGCAACCUCAUGCUGCAGCGGUACAAGGAGGAUAUGGACGUCCUUCCGGAGCACCGUGGCAUGGACGAGUUCAAUGAGGUACCCGUGGAGGGAUUCGGCGCGGCGCUCCUUGCUGGAUACGGCUGGACGGAAGGUAAGGGCAUUGGUAGGAACAAUAAGAUAGGGGAUACCAAAGUUGUUGAAUACGACCGCCGUGCUGGCACACAGGGGUUAGGCUACAACCCCUCUGAAGCAGACCCUCGGAAGACUCGUUCUGGCGACUGGAUUGUUGGCGAGAAGAAGGCGUCAGAGAACGGGAGUGCGAAGAGGAGAGAUCGAGACAGUAGAAAUAGGAUGGAAGAGAGGGAUUCUAGUGCUCGGAAGAAGAGAUCUAGUGAGCAAAGGUCUGAGAAAGAGGGCCGUGAAAAGGUGAGGAAUGGCCGGGGUAGCGGAGAAGGCACAAGUAAUGCAAGCGAUACUCGUAGCAAUGUAAGCAAUGUACGGUGGUUGCAGAGCCAUAUCAGGGUUCGGAUUGUUAGUCAGAAACUAAGCAAGAGGCUGUACUUGAUGAAGGGUAAGGUUGUCGAUGUGGUGGGGCCUACAACAUGUGACAUCAUGAUGGAUGAUGGGUCAGAGUUGGUGCAGGGGGUGGAGCAGGAUAUGCUCGAAACUGUACUUCCACGGACGAACGGGCGGGUGCUUGUGCUUUAUGGGAAGCACAAGGGUUUAUAUGGGCACCUGGUAGAGAAGAAUUCCGAAGAAGAGAUCGGAUUGGUGGAGGAUGCAGAUACAAAGGAUAUUGUACGUGUUAGAUAUGACCAGAUGGCAGAAUACACUGGUGAUCCAGAGUUGCUUGGCUACUGA